GAAGCAUGCAUAUGCUACUGGAACGCCUUGUGGUCUGUGGUCUCCUGCGGGGGAACGGCUUGUUGCUAUAAGUACGAUCAUGCCAGCUCUGAGGGCCAGCGGCGAUCCUCGUCUUCCACUGAGCUGGGGGUUUGGCAGUCAAUAUGGCAGAGGCCGGCUCUCAGGGUACCGAACACAAGACGAAUGUCGUUGAGUCUGUUGUCACGCCCGCCGUGCCCGACUGUAGCCUCUGCCGCCGAAUCGAUGGAUCGGGAACUUUGCCCAAGCGACUGAUAGUCUGCUGUGAUGGCACCUUCAAUGCCUCCAAUCAAGGUGUCGAGAGCAAUCCGACCAACAUUGCAAGGCUCAGUCGAUGUAUCGCGAACGUGGGCUAUGCCAAAGAUGGCAAGACCAAAAUGCCCCAAAUCACAUACUACCAGGCUGGUAUUGGAACAGAUACUACUGCCUCAGCGUAUACAAAGGCGAGACAAGGCGGUUUUGGUGCCGGUCUCAACGGCAAAGUUUGCGAAGCCUACAACUACCUCACCAAUAACUAUGGGCCCGGAGAUGAAAUUCUAAUAUUCGGAUUCUCUCGUGGCGCAUACACCGCGCGAGUUCUGGCAAGCUUCAUUUGUAAUUUUGGAUUGCUAACCCCAGGGAUGAUGGACUACUUCGACGAAAUAUUCGAAGCUUACAAAAAACGCGGCUAUUCCGAACACAAUUUCGAAGAGAUGGCAUGGGCACGAGCGAAAGCCACCCCGGGAGAACUAGGACUUGAGCUCAACAGCCCACCAACAACCCGAUACGACUGCAUCAAAAGAUGGACACACAUGCACGUCAAGAUAAGAUGCGUUGGCGUGUUCGAUACUGUCGGUAGCGUGGGCAUGUCAGGUUACCAACAACAACCUGGUCAAGAUGUCGACUGGCAUUCCACCGCUCUGCAUCCAAAGAUCGAAUAUGCCUUCCAGGCAUUAGCUCUCGACGAGAACCGUGGCAACUUCUCACCAACUCUCUGGUAUCAGUACGACCAAACAGAAGCGGCUGGCACGGUACUCAAGCAGUGCUGGUUUCCAGGGUAUCAUGGAGAUGUCGGAGGCCACAGCGAUCCAGUGUGGUGCACGAACAGUGUCGAUUCAUUGAGUUUUGCGUGGAUGAUUGAUCAGCUCACUGCUGAAAACCUGCUCCAAUUCAGCAAGCCACAGUUGUACUAUCCCGUACUGAAACGCGUCCACGAGGGAGUGGUCAACGGAGUCGCAACGAAACCUCCCAAGAACACCGAAGAAGCCAGUGAGCGACGCAUUCAAUGGUCUGAUGGAAUUCUUACUCAGACCAAUAAAUUGACUUACAAGUUCUCUUCUUUCGUUGCGACCAGGAGGUUGUGGUACACACGCACUCCAGGUCACUGGAAGAUGGCCAAUGGAGCCGAUGUCCCAGUCUGUCAACUACACGAGACUAUACACCCCAGCGUGUCACACCGCAUGCGCCAGAAGGAGAUGGCAUACCAACCCGAGGGCUUUGCCAAGAAGGAAUGGCAGUAUCGAGAGAAGACCAAUGGCUCUGGGCACGAGUGGGUCAGGACCGUGGACGGGAAGGAGGUCGCAGUCAUUCCAGAGUACGAAUUGCCAAAGAUCGAGAAACAGAAAUUCGAGAAUCAUAACCUAUGGUCGGGCAGUCUGGAGCAAUACCUAGCACCAUCGGAUAUUCUUGGCAGUGAGAAGUUCGACAGCUUGAAGGCCGAUGUCAUCGAUCAGGGGAAAGUCUUGUCUGCAGCCUUCCAACUGCGCAAUGACUGAAAUGACGCCUUGAGCAUUACAGCUUGUGGCUUAUCUUCUGCUUCCAUUUCAGCAAUCGACACGCAAUCCUAGUUCAAUUUCGCUUUCGAUGCGAGAAUCGCAUGCAUUGAUCUACUUUGAGGAUCGCAUAAUCCUCUUAGAGUGCUCAACAUCAUUCAACCGAGGUGUUUCCCGCUAGGCAGACCUCUGUUCUCUGUCAGACUCAACAUCCAUCUGUUCGAUUCAUGGUUACCACCACAGCCAUGGCUC